AUGGGUCGCAGAAAGGUCUCCAAUAUUGCCCACUAUCACCGUGGAACUGUUCACCCCAAUGCAGAUGGGCGAAAAGCUGGGAAGGGAGAGGCACGGCCGAAGGAGUCAAAGGUCAUUCGGGGCCAGCAUGAUACUUCAUUAAGAAAGCGCACCUUAGAGGACGGAGAGGUGGUUAUCGACCAUGGGAAAGAGAAUCAUGGCCCCAUCAAGGUGCCACUGAAGCGCAGGAAGACCACCAAGAAUACUGUCGACGUAGCGCUCACUGCCAGAGUCACCACGCAGGCUGCGACGCUGGCUUCAGGCCAUGUCCCUGAUCCUGUCCUCACAGCCUCUAUCUCUGAAGCUCAUCAAGUUGCACAAUUGCUCAAAGCCCGUUAUCUGCUCCCUAUGCCGCAGUCCGUGAUCUUUCAGCCCCCCGCGUACCCGGCCAGUCCAUCCGCACUGCUAGCCGCCCACCUGUGGUUGGAGACAUUUGCCAUCUGGCAUGGCUUGGCUGCAUCCAUUGACAUUUGA